GAGCAAGGAAUUAGGAUUUAGGAUAGACUCAGGUCAGGAGUGGAAGGGAAUAGCGCCGAGUGGGCAAAUUCGGCGAAAACCCAACAGAAGCCCGGAAAAGGCCCAUUUCAUUGCAAACUGAGAACUCCGGACACUUCCAUUUACCGCCGGACGGAAAUGGCGGACUCCGCAGCACCUCAGACGGCCGACUUAUCUCGCAGAGUCGUCUCCAUCGCAGCUGGUGAAGCUCAUACACUCGCCCUCACUGGGGAUGGCCGCGUUUAUUCAUGGGGAAGAGGAAUGUUUGGCCGACUUGGAACUGGGUCUGAACAAGACGAGCCCUUCCCUGUUCCAGUCAAGUUUGAACCUUCCGGUGAUCAACCUCCAAUCAAGCUCGUCGGAAUUGCUGCUGGUGCUUACCAUAGUCUCGCGCUUGCAGGUUCUGUCUACUUUUUUCUUUACUUCUAUUGCUGUUUCUUGGGACGAUGGAUCGGUCUGGUGCUGGGGUUACAAUGUCUGUAUCCUUCUUAAAAUUUUUGGCUUACUAGUCAUUGUCGUCUGAUUAAAAGCUUGCGCUGUUUCUUAAUGUAGAUGUUUAAGCUCAAGUCUUGCCAGUGGUAGGCUACUACUACUAUUAUUCAAUCAUUCUGUAGUACAGCCUUGACUUUCUACAUGGAUGGCCAAAUUGGUGUCAAUGGAGAGAACCCUGUCGUACCGCAGUUGUUAGACCAGUUCCAUAACCUCUCUUCUCUAUCAAAGGACACAGAAACUAAGAGCGCAACGCCACUGAGGGUAAGAACUAAUGAACUUAAUUGCUUACUUUUGCCAAGUUUGCAAGAAAGAGACUUCAUUGGACAUUGUGAUAUCUGCUCCAGAUUUGCUCCAUCAAAGCUGGUGGAAUGAUGUCACUGGCAAUUGAUAACGUUGGAGGCUUGUGGAUAUGGGGUAAUUGUCCUCAGGAAAGCGGCAAUAGUAGCAGUGAAGGUGGGUUCUCCCUCGUCAGCAGUUUCGCUCCAGUUCCUGUGUGGGAUCUUCAAGGCGGCCAGAGGGUUGUUAAGGUAGCUUGUGGGAAUGAACAUGUAGUAGCCCUUGUAAGUGUUGAAGGAGACUCAACAGGCAACAAAGGUGGUGGUGGUGGUGGUGGGGAGCAGGACCUAGUAUGCUAUUCUUGGGGUAACAAUAAUCACGGGCAGUUAGGACUGUUAGAUCGAGUAAGCAGAGUCCAUCCACAAGUUGUUCAGACUUCGGCUGUCUACGAGGUAUCCUGUGGGGCAUUCCACACUGCUUUGCUGUCACGCAGAAAGAGAGUCUCAGGUGAUGAUGGUGCCUAUAUAAGUGUCUGCUGGACAUUUGGGCUUGGAGAUAAUGGACAACUCGGACAUGGAACCACUCAGAGUGUGUCAACUCCUGAACCUGUGAAGGAUUUGCCAAAUCAAAUGUACCUGGUGUCAGUUGACUGUGGUUUGUUUCAUACUAGCGUGGCUUCAUCAAGUGGAGAUGUGUGGUCAUGGGGGAUGGAAAAGGGUCUCGGCCUCUGCCCAGAUGCUACCUUCACUGGGACAGAUGCAGGAGAUGCAGCAUUGCCCUUGCCGAUCAGUAAAUUUCACAAUCCAGUUCAAGUAGCUUGUGGAGCUGCACACACUGUCCUCGUUGCCGAUGGUGGAUACAGGCUGUGGUCAUGGGGAAGGGGACGAAGUGGAGUGCUUGGAACUGGCAACACCGCUGAUUCUUACGCUCCCAGUAUCGUGUUAUGGCCUCCAUUAUCCGAGCAAAACAUUGGAGACCAAGACGGCUCUUCGAAGAACACAGACGACGAAAGACUGUCUGCAGCAAUGGAUGAGAUGAAGCUCCUGCAAUCCAAGUACACAGCAAUGGAGCAGUAUGCAGGUAUGCUUCAUGGGCUGAUUUUCGGCGAACCAUUCAGAGAGCACGAGAUUGCUACUAGCUCGUCUUGGCAGAAUCCUGGUGGUGGCCUCGAUGUUGCGAGGCAGUGGGAGGAGAUGUUGGAAUCCGCGGAUCGUGGGAAGCUAAUGAAGCUGGAGAGGUUGUACAAAGGAAUGCUGGGAGGUGUGAAGGAUAAGUUGCUGAAGAAGAGGAUUCAAGAGAUUGUAAAGGAAAUCAAUCAUCACUAGAGAUACUUUGCUCUGAAAAACCUGCUUAGCUUCUGUGUGUACGUCUGAUCAUACUCAUUUUUUCGACAGAUUAAUAUGGAGCUAAUACGCGCUGCCUAAUUGUAUGCAUUCGUAUCGAACAUUAUGCAGUAUUCACUCUAAAAUAGCACAACGAUGGAUCUUUGUGUCAGAUGAAUUCACAAAUAGUUAAACACACACCAAGUCUAGAAGAUUACAUUCUUCUGAGUAUUUACAAUUGGAUGGCAGAGUCAACAACAUUGCAUACACAGGAUCAACUAAUCGCGAUUAAGCUACGACCAUCCACUAAUAUCAACAUAAACAGAUUACAAUCAUCAGCUGUGGAUCACGAUCUGAUCAAUUCAGGGCGAAAAGAAACUCCGGCCACCGCCACUAUCGCCCAUUACCAACCCACAAGUAGAAGAACUAUCUUCACUAACAUAAGCCCCCAAAUUCAAGUACUCAUCAUUGUCCUGACGCCGGCGGCGGUGACCUCUGGCUCUCCACCUCGACCGGCAAAUCACGCAGGUGGCUCCACGCCUCCCCCGGCUCCUCUUCCACCUCCUCAAGCACUCCUCGUGCACCAAAUUCCCGCACGUGCCGCACGCUUCAAACGACCCCUCCUCUGCUUCUUCUUCGUCUUCCCCUGUUUUUUUUGCAACAAUCUCAUCAAGACAAAUCGGACACGUGGCGCCCUCCUCCACCUCGACCCCACUCCGCCGCCGAUUCGCCGGAUCACCGCCUCCAUCCUCCUCCGCCUCCGCCGCCAUUUGGAGGCGGAGUCGGGUCUGGAAGAGGUGGUGGAAGGUGCGGCGGAGGGCGGGGGAGGCGAGUGAUUCAGGGGAGGAAGGGGUGCAGAGGAGGCGGUGGAGGAGGCAAGGGCGGAUGUUGCGGCGGCGGAGGGAAGGGUCGUCGAGGGAGAGGCCGAGGACGCGGAUCAGGACGAAGAAGAUGUGCUUGCACGGCGAGAUCCGGUCGGGGCAGGUGCAGGAAGGGACGGCGGUCAAGGAGACGGUGUAGACGUUCCCCGUGGCGCCCAGCACGUGGAAGUCGGAGUUGGAGCGGUGGAGGAGGCGGAGGUGGUGGCGGAGCGCGCGGUAGAUUCUGUCGGCGGCGGCAGGCUGGGUUGGGCGAGAGCGUGAGCGGUGGUAGGCAGGGUGCGGCGGCGGAGGGGAGGAGGAGCCGGUGCUGGAAAAGAGAUCUUCCUCCAUUGUGGGGGUUGCAGAGGAAGAUUGAUUUGUCGUUUUGUGAUUUCUGUAUAUAUCAAUUGGAAGAAGAAGAAGAAGAAGAAGGGGGAGAAGGAAGGAAAGCAGGAUGGCGGGGAAAAGGGAAGGGAUAUUCUUGAUAGCGGUUCUAGGGGACAAGUUAACUGCCAAAAGGAAGCCAAUCAAAGCCAUGA